AGACUCAGAAGAUGUUUGUCGGGUAAUCUUGGUUGACUUUAGAUAUGUUAUGGUUGAAUAGCAACCACAUCUUCAAUAGCACCGCACCAAGUGCCUACAGGUUUUUUAAGCCGGCAGGGAGCACUCCAACUCCACGACCUCCACGACGAGAUGAACGCCCGCGGCUACGGCCUCCCAACUUAUCCAGGCUGUUCAACUUACCUCCCAGCAGGCUCAAGGAACUACCACGACCAGGCACGGAAGCUCUCGCUGUGCGACCUCAGCCUGUCCGACGACAAUCACUCAGAACACAUGCCUUGCUGGGUCAAGGAUAGAAAAUCAAACCUGAGAGUCAGCGGCAUUCACGACCCGGCUAACAAACAGCGAGAUCUCAAGGCACCCCCGGCUCCUCAAUGCCUCGGCAUCGAUGCCAUAUUGCGAAACCUUCACCACGAGAUCAGCUCCUCGCUGAAGAUGCUCCAGGCGCUCGUGCAAUGCUUCGAGGCCGAUGUGGAGGCUCUCCGACCCUGGGCUGAGGAAAGUACUCUCGAUACCGUGUGGAGAAACAAGGUUAAGAAGGUCUUCCGUGGGAAGCGCGACAAGGCGAGAUUCGAGGGCGUAGCGGGCCGGAUAUCAGCCAGCAGGGCAGCUAUCAAGGGCGCCGUGAGAACCGUCAAGACCGUGAAGGCGGCGUGGGAGGACAGACACACAGUCGAGGGUCAGAUCCGGACGGCCAAGAAGGCGAUCGUCUUCUGCGACGGAAUCGUCGAUCUCGCCGAGAGAGCGGCGAGCGAGCGAGCCGCCUGCAAGCAGCUGGUGACUGAGCUCGAGGAAACGAUAUGUUUGCUCGACCGAAGGAAGCACCCAUGGAUCUGUAAGUCGGCCCUCCUCAGUACCUGCCCUCCUAAUCUCAAGGCUUCUUCAGCGGGCCCGGGACAAUGACUGAGCGGUUGAGACUGCCAUGUAGAUGGGGAGGAGGGAACCAAGCAACAUGGCAGCGAGCCUCCUGAGACGAACAGCUCCGCAAAGGAGAGCAAGGUCGAGGAGUCAAACCGGUAUGGGUGGGGCUUCGACGACGAGGCCAACGGAGACAAACGGGGCUGAGGCGCAAGGCAAGUAGAGGUGUUCGACUGAAGGUCCGCCGAAUCGGCCUGCGGUAUUCCGUAGAGCAGAGCAGAAGCAAAAAAGCAAGUGCGGAGAGGCAUGUAGCU